UGCGGCCGCCGCCGUCCGAGGACGCCCCGAAGUCCGGGGCCCGGCACGGUGGCUGCCGACCCUCCGAGCGCAGCCUGCUGGGGACGAAGGCGGCGGCUCGCGUCCUGCCGGCCGCCGGAGCCGGGAGGAGACCAUGUACGGGAGGCGUCCUCAAUUCUCCACGACCGAGCGCGUCAUCAAAGCUGUCCCCUUUCCUCCAACCCAACGGCUAACUUUGAAGGAAGUAUUUGAGAAUGGGAAGCCUAAAAUGGAUGUUUUGAAAAACCAUUUGGUAAAAGAAGGCCGGGUGGAAGAGGAGGUAGCCUUAAAGAUAAUCAAUGACGGGGCUGCCAUCCUGAGGCAAGAGAAGACUAUGAUAGAGGUGGAUGCUCCAAUCACAGUAUGUGGUGAUGUUCAUGGACAAUUCUUCGACCUGAUGAAGUUGUUUGAAAUUGGGGGAUCACCUAAUAAUACUCGCUACCUCUUUCUGGGUGACUAUGUGGACAGAGGCUAUUUCAGUAUAGAGUGUGUGCUGUAUCUAUGGAGUUUAAAGAUUAACCAUCCCAAAACAUUGUUUCUGCUUCGAGGAAAUCAUGAAUGCAGACAUCUUACAGAGUACUUCACCUUCAAACAGGAGUGUCGGAUCAAGUAUUCAGAACUGGUGUAUGAUGCGUGUAUGAACACUUUCGACUGUCUUCCUCUUGCUGCUCUCUUAAACCAGCAGUUUCUCUGUGUACACGGAGGAAUGUCACCUGAAAUCACUAGUUUAGACGACAUUAGGAAAUUAGAUAGGUUUACAGAGCCUCCUGCUUUUGGGCCAGUGUGUGACCUGCUCUGGUCUGACCCCUCGGAGGACUACGGCAGUGAGAAGACCCUGGAGCACUACACCCACAAUACUGUCCGCGGCUGCUCCUACUUCUUCAGUUACCCUGCAGUUUGUGAAUUUUUACAGAACAACAGUUUGUUAUCAAUAAUCAGAGCCCACGAAGCCCAGGAUGCUGGGUACCGAAUGUACAGGAAGAGCCAGGUGACCGGCUUUCCAUCACUCAUCACGAUCUUCUCUGCCCCCAACUACCUCGAUGUCUACAACAACAAAGCUGCAGUGUUGAAAUAUGAAAACAAUGUCAUGAACAUCAGGCAGUUUAACUGCUCUCCACACCCCUACUGGCUCCCAAACUUCAUGGAUGUUUUCACGUGGUCUUUGCCUUUUGUUGGAGAAAAAGUUACAGAGAUGCUGGUCAAUAUUCUCAACAUAUGCUCUGAUGAUGAAAUGAUCCCCGAAGACGACGAAGGCACUUCAGCUCGAAAAGAAGUCAUCAAGAAUAAAGUCAGAGCCAUUGGGAAAAUGGCACGGGUCUUUUCAGUUCUUCGGGAAGAGAGUGAGAGUGUGCUGACCCUCAAGGGCCUCACUCCCACAGGCACACUCCCAUUGGGGGUCCUCUCUGGAGGAAAGAAGACUAUUGAGACUGCCACAGUUGAAGCGACAGAAGCUCAGGAAGCCGUCAGAGGGUUUACAAUUUCACACAAGAUUCGAAGUUUUGAAGAAGCCCGAGGUCUAGACCGAAUUAAUGAGAGAAUGCCACCCCGAAAAGAGGGCGUGUAUCCUGAUGGGCCAGCAAAGAUGGUGCGGAGGAGCGACCACGGAAAGAAAGCCCUGUAGUGACUCUGGACCCUGUGCAGCACAUAUGGGCCCAGCCCUGCAAACAGAUCAUACUCAUUUAUUAUUGGAAACAAACAGAAACAACUCAAACAACUUAAAUUUAGAGGUGCAUUUGUAAUUCAGUUGCAUUUAUUCUGUAAGAGAGAUGACAAUUUUAUAAAUUCUUCUAAUUUAUGUUCACUAUAUAUAAAAAGUACUGCUGUUUUGUUCCCCACCCCCUUGUCCUAAUUUUAGGAAGGGACCUGGUGUGUCUGUGUGUGUGUGUGUGUGUGUGUGUGUGUGUGUGUGUGUGUUGAAGGCUUAUGCUAUAAAAGGGCCUUCCUGUAAUAAAAUGGGACUUGGAACCCC